UGUCGGACUUGUAGCUGUCUCAAGGCACGAACCCCCCAGGAACUUCAGCGAUGGCUCCGAGGCACGUCUUUCAUGAUUCUGGUUCUAUCAUCUAUAAUGUUCAAAACUCUGGUGCUCGGAGGGCAUUGCACCGAACAUCAGCGGGAUGAUGUAGACAAUGUAGGUACUGGGAAGAGUCGAUAAAAACUCGAGCAUGUCUUCAAUGGACAGCAACAUCAGCUCCAAGCAUACUCAGUAAGGUCAACAUGCAUCGCCAACUCGCUGCGGCUUUGGCUACUUCUUUAGUCGCCUCAGCGUCGACUGUACCUUAUUCUCAAUAUAUCCUCGCGCCUUCGCAACGAGACUUAUCUCCAGUAUCAGUAUAUCGAGCCAAUGGCACCGUGGCCAACGCUGCUGGAGUCACUACCUCUGGAUCUGGAGACACCACAUUCAAUAGUGCCUCAGCUGUCACCUAUGACUAUACCAAGAACAUUGGCGGUUUGGUCUCCUUUGUGGUCAGCGGUUCGUCGGACAACGACCAAUAUAUUGGUAUCUCCUUUACAGAAUCUUCCCUGUGGAUAUCGCCCGAUGGCUCGGAUGCCACCCAAGACAUCGGCAUCGACGAGACAUUGUGGUUCAAAAUCACCGGGCCAGGAAACUACUCUGUCGAACCGCUGCAUGAACGUGGUGGAUUCAGAUAUCUGAAUGUCUAUCACAAUACCACUGGAAAUGUCACGUUGAGUCAUCUGCAAACAUACUUUACUGCCAUGCCGCAUUUCCCUGAUGAUGGCAUUGGCGAGUACACGGGCUAUUUCCAUAGUAACGACGAGAAGCUGAAUCGUGUCUGGUAUGCCGGUGCUUACACAGACCAACUUUGCACCAUUCCUUCGACGUCCGGGAACUCCCUAGUCGACCUCGAUGCUACCGAUCCUAACAUACCAACAGUAUGGUGGUCUAAUAGCACACUUACCAAUGGUAGCUCAGCCUUCACCGAUGGUCCGAAACGCGACAAGUUGAUCUGGCCGGGCGAUUUUGCUAUUUCUGUCCCAGGAGUCUUCCUGUCUACUGAUGACGCUAUCACCGUCAAGCUCUCGCUUCAACAACUGUUUGCUAGUCAAAAUACUACGACUGGAGCACUUCCUUGGUUUGCUCAACCUCUAUAUGCAUUCCCAGAUAAUGGCUUCCUGAAUCUUGGCAGACGAGUCUUCAGCUUCAACUACCAUCUCUUCACUCUACUGGGCCUACAUAACUACUGGAUCUACACUGGCGAUGACGAGUAUCUACAAAAUAACUGGAACAGAUUCAAGCUCGGUCUGAACUACAGCUUGAGUUUCAUAGACGAGACUGGUUUAGCCAAUGUGACUUCCAGCUUCGAUUGGUUGAGAGCAGGCAUGGGAGGCCACAACAUCGAAGCAAAUAGUAUCUUGAAACACACCCUAGAUGUAGCUGUCACACUUGCAUACGCCGUCAACGACACCUCUCAAAUCGCCACUUGGACAAACGCCUCCUCCGCCAUCGUCACCGCCGCAAACACACUUCUCUGGAACUCCACAGCAUCCUUCUUCAAAGACAACGAAACCACCACCCUCUACCCCCAAGACGGAAACGUCUGGUCCAUCAUCUCCGGCCUCGCCUCCCCUUCCCAAAGCACCGCCAUCUCCACCGCCCUUUCCGCACGAUGGGGUCCUUACGGCGCUCCAGCCCCCGAAGCCGGAACCACAGUCUCACCCUUCAUCACAGGCUUUGAAUUACAAGCACAUUUCCUCGCCGGUGCACCUCAACGCGCAAUAGAUCUCAUGCGCUUCAUGUGGGCGGACUUUAUGCUCGACGACCCUCGCAUGACGAACAGCACAUAUAUCGAAGGCUACGAUACCAGUGGCUCCCUCCAUUACCCAGCUUAUGCAGACGACGCCCGCAUUUCUCACUCCCAUGGUUGGAGUUCUGGGCCUGUACUUGCUCUUUCUACUUUUGCGGCUGGUUUGCAUGUGCUGAAUUCUACGCAUUGGGUUGCGCAUCCUCAGCCUGGUAAUUUGACGAGGGUGGAAGCUGGGUUCAAGGUUGGGCAUGGGUUCUACGCCGCGAACUACUCGAGUACUGCCGAGGGAGCGAGGUAUGAGCUUUCUACGCCUGAAGGUACGAGGGGAAGUCUUGUGCUUGAUACUCCUGAGUGUAAUGCUAGGAUAAGCAUUACAGGUGUCAUUGGUAGUGGUGGUAAACAUGCUAGAGCUGAUGACCACGGGCAUGUUAAGAAUUUCCACUGGGCGAAGAAGGUUCAGAGUCAUGGUGCGGCAGCCAGUCCUUGGAAAUGUGGCGUAUGGGGACCGUCGACUCCAGAGUAUGAGACUGCGUCUGACGAUACUGUCACGGUGGAUAAUCUCGCAGGAGGAAACUAUACAGUACUCAUCACAUGUAUUUAAGAUUGAGAAGGAGGCUUCGGAGAGCCAGAGAUAUAGAUUGAUGAAAUAUCACUCUUCCUCGUCACCACCAUUUCCUUCCUCUUUGACUCCUCCAACAUCAAAGAAUCUAACACUCCUCCCCGUUUGUUGAGCACCAACCCCGUUCGUCCCAAAACCAUUCGCACCUCCAAACCUCGUACGUCGAAAAGUCGCUGGUGUAAAGCUUUCCUCA